AUGUUUAAAACUGGAAACAGGAUUACUUUCUAUGAAGGCAAGAAUUUCCAAGGAUGCCGCUAUGAGUCUGAUAGGGAUUGUUUGGAUUUCCACACUGACUUGAGCCGUUGCAAUUCCAUCCGUGUAGAAAAUGGUGCCUGGGUUGUUUAUGAGCAGCCAAACUUUGCGGGAAACAUGUAUAUUUUGACCCAUGGAGAAUAUCCUGAAUAUCAUUGCUGGAUGGGCCUGAAUGAUAGAGUCAGCUCUUGCAAAUCCAUUCAGUUGACUGGUGGAGACAAAUAUCAGAUCCAGUUUUUUGAGAAGGGUGACUUUAGUGGUCAAAUGCAUGAAUCUACAGAGGAUUGCCCUUCUGUGAUGGAGAAGUUUCACCUGCCAGAAAUCCAUUCUUGCAAAGUUCUGGAUGGGGCAUGGGUUUUCUAUGACCAUCCCAACUUCCGUGGCAAGCAGUAUUUCCUGGAGAGAGGGGAUUAUAGUAAACCCAUGGAGUGGGGGGCUAUAACCCCACUGGUCCAGUCCUUCCGCCAUAUUGCAGAAUAA